AUGCCCACUCCAGAAAUCGUCCUCAUAACAGGCGGCACCUCCGGCCUCGGCCUCUCAACCGUCAAAGCCCUCCACAGCAGCGCAACCCCCUACAAAAUCCUCGUCGGUUACUAUGCCAUCACCGCCACCGAAGCCUCCUCCAUCCUCCAACCCCUCCUUACAGCCCACCCCCCCUCCCCCUCAACCCUGCACCCCCUCCCCCUCGACCUCGAAUCCGACGCCUCGCUCCAAUCCGCCAUCGACUACAUCACCUCCUCGCACGGCCGUCUCGACAUCCUCGUCAACAACGCCGGCGCCAACUUCGACGAAGACGUCCGCCACGGCGCCCGCCCUCUCCGCUCCGCCCUGCGGAAAUCCUGGAACGUCAACCUCGCCGGCCCACACAUCCUCACCACCCUCGCGGCGCCGCUCCUCCUGAACUCCCCCGCCCCGCGCCUCCUCUUCAUCACGAGCGGGACCUCGUCGCUGACCGAGACGGAGGUGGCUGAUUUCGACAAGUUCCCGACGCUGCGGGUUCUGAAUUCGAGUCCGGAGCCCGGGUGGCCGAAGGAGGAGAUGGGCGUCGUGGCGUGUCUGGGGUAUCGGACUUGUAAGACGGCGUUGAAUAUGUUGAUGCGGGAGUGGUGGCGGAUGUUGAGGCGGGAUGGGGUGAGGGUUUGGGGGGUUUCGCCGGGGUUUUUGGCGACGGAUUUGGCGACGGAUUUGGCGGGGGUGGGAAGGGAGAGGUAUGCGAGUUUAGGCGCCUUGCCGCCGUCUGCUGGGGCGGAGUUCAUUGUCAAGGUUUUGAAUGGGGAGAGGGAUGGCGAUGUUGGGAAGGUGAUUCGGGCGGAUAUGGUGCAGGCGUGGUAG